CUAUAACCACCCAUUAACCAACCAACCGCCUUCCUAUUCAAUCAUUCCUUUCCAUUCAAUCCCCAAAUUCCCAAUCCCCAAAUCCCUAAUUCCUCCUAAGCCCUAAUUCCUCUUCUCCCCAACCCUAAUCGAAAUCCAUGGCCGGAAGUGGAGUGGUCGCCGUCUACGGCAACGGCGCAAUCACCGAGACCGCCGCCAAGCAGUCUCCUUUCUCCGUCAAGGUCGGUCUCGCACAGAUGCUCCGCGGCGGAGUUAUUAUGGACGUCGUUACCCCGGAGCAAGCGCGGGUGGCGGAGGAGGCCGGAGCGUGCGCCGUCAUGGCGCUGGAGCGCGUCCCGGCGGACAUCCGCGCACAAGGCGGCGUCGCGCGGAUGUCGGAUCCGCAGAUGAUUAAGGAGAUUAAGCAGGCGGUGACCAUCCCGGUGAUGGCGAAGGCGCGGAUUGGGCACUUCGUGGAGGCGCAGAUCCUCGAGGCCAUCGGGAUUGACUACGUCGACGAGUCGGAGGUUCUGACGCUCGCCGACGACCAGAACCACAUCAACAAGCACAACUUCCGCAUCCCCUUCGUCUGCGGCUGCCGCAACCUGGGCGAGGCGCUCCGCCGCGUCCGGGAGGGGGCGGCGAUGAUCCGUACGAAGGGGGAGGCGGGGACCGGCAACAUCAUCGAGGCGGUGCGUCACGUGCGUUCCGUGAUGGGCGACAUCCGCGUGCUCCGCAACAUGGACGACGACGAGGUGUUCACCUUCGCGAAGAAGAUCCAGGCGCCUUACGAUCUGGUGAUGCAGACGAAGCAACUUGGGAGGCUCCCCGUGGUCCACUUUGCUGCCGGAGGUGUCGCGACGCCGGCCGACGCGGCGCUGAUGAUGCAGCUGGGGUGCGACGGGGUUUUCGUGGGGUCCGGCGUGUUCAAGAGCGGCGAUCCGGCGAAGAGGGCUCGGGCGAUCGUCCAGGCGGUGACGCACUACAGCGACCCUGAGGUACUGGCGGAGGUGAGCUGCGGCCUAGGGGAAGCCAUGGUUGGAAUCAAUCUGAACGACGAGAAGGUGGAGAGGUACGCCAACAGGUCCGAGUGAAAUCGGGUCAGGGUCAGGGUCAGUGUCAGGUGAUGGUUAUUUAAUUUACUGCUAGUAAAGUAGUAGUACUACUACUGUACUAGUAUAUUACUCCAUUUAAGAGCUGCUUCCCAAAUCCCAAAUGGGUCUGGUCUGGUCUGGUCGGGUCUAAACCUAAAUCUUGUUACUGUGCUCUGCUCAUCUCCUUGGUCGUCCUUGUUUAAUUUUAAUGUGUCUGUGUGUCUGUCUGUUUUCCUCUUUAUAUUUAAUUUCCCUUUGGCAUUAAAAUUGAACUCCUUAAUAGUAGUAGUAGUAGUAGUAUUGUCAGUCAAGAAAGGGUUUUUGGCAUCAUAAUAAGGUUUUACCUAAUAAGCUUAUGGUCAGGAUAUGUUGAUUGUGGUGAUAUUUAUGAAUGUGUGCAAGUGGAAUCGGUAACAGUAAAGUAAAAAACACAUGAUGGAAUUGAUUUCUUGCUUGCUAGCAAAGUAAUUGAUAGGAUUUCUUCA